CCGUGUGUGGUGGCGCACGCCAUGAGUGAGGCGGCUACUGCCCCCACCGAAUCCGUCGCCCGUGACAGGGCGCGGGCGGCGCGCACAGUUCUAGACCAGGUGGUGCUCCCGGGUGAGGAGCUGCUGCUGCCGGAGCAGGAGGACGCCGACGGCCCGGGAGGCGCUGGGGAGAGACCGUUGCGCCUGAAUGCCGGGCCCCGCUCCCGAGUGCGCGUUGUGUGCGGUCCCGGCUUGCGGCGCAGUGGCGACCGCCUGCUGGUCACCAAAUGCGGCCGCCUCCGUCACAAGGAACCCGGCGGCGGUGGCGGCGGUGGCGUUUACUGGGUGGAUUCGCAGCAGAAGCGGUAUGUCCCGGUGAAAGGAGACCAUGUGAUUGGCAUAGUGACAGCCAAGUCUGGAGAUAUUUUCAAAGUUGACGUUGGAGGGAGUGAGCCAGCUUCUUUGUCUUACUUGGCAUUUGAAGGUGCCACUAAAAGAAACAGACCCAAUGUACAGGUUGGAGAUCUCAUCUAUGGCCAGUUUGUGGUUGCUAACAAAGAUAUGGAACCAGAAAUGGUCUGUAUUGACAGCUGUGGACGAGCUAAUGGAAUGGGUGUGAUUGGACAGGAUGGUCUGCUUUUUAAAGUGACUUUAGGCUUAAUUCGAAAGCUACUAGCACCAGACUGUGAAAUCCUGCAGGAGGUAGGAAAACUCUACCCACUGGAGAUUGUUUUUGGAAUGAAUGGAAGAAUAUGGGUUAAGGCAAAAACUAUUCAGCAGACUUUAAUUUUGGCAAACAUUUUAGAAGCUUGUGAACAUAUGACAGCAGAUCAAAGGAAACAAAUCUUUUCCAGAUUGGCAGAAAGUUGAUCUGUGUGGACUUUUUGAAGCAAGAAACUGUGGGUUACCUGGGGAAAUUUUUUUUCAGGUGAACCUCUCCCUAUUAAAUCUGCUGAAGACAGGACUCCUAAAAUUUUUACUAAAAAGUAUUGGUUGCCCCCCAUUUUUUGUAGGUGAGUAAAACAUGAUGUAUAUUUUUUGUUUGUUUUUUACAAUAAAGCUUACUAAAGUUAACCUCCCUUAGUUUUGCUAGAGGAUAGCUGCUACAAUAAACUGGCAGCAUUAAAAUAAAUUUUUUUGAUAAUAGUAAAACAUGUUCACUAAAGCAAAUGUAGAACACAUAAAAAAGCACAAGAAAGGCAAAACC